AUGGCAGACACAUCCGACGUACAUGGUAUGAUUAAUAGGGCACUUUGGAUCCCCAUUGUAGCCUUCGUAUUCCUUUUUUGCAAGUUCGCAUACACAGGCCUGACAUGCCCAACACGACAUCUACCAGGACCAUGGUACACUCGCUUCACUCAUCUUCACCUCAAGCGAGCAGUAGUGACCGGCCAACGAGUCUUUUACAUCGACGACCUGCACCAGAAAUAUGGUCCAAUCGUGAGGCUGUCGCCAAACGAGGUCGGCAUCGCCGAUCUCCAGGGCUUCAGAGAGAUCCACAAGAUUGGUACUAAGUAUCUCAAGUCCUCGUGGUACCAACGCCUAGUGAAUUUCCCAAAAGCGGGUUCCUUCACCAUGAUUGACCCUCGCCAGCAUGGGCCCAGGAGAAAGCUCUUGUCGAGGUCGUUCAGCAGGUCGUAUCUUGUUGAGAAUUGGGAGCAGGUCGUGAGAGACAAGGCGCAUCUCGCUAUUAAGAAGAUCAAAGCGGCUGCAAGCCAGGACAAGGCGGAUGUGUUCAACUGGUGGAUGCUGCUAGCCAGUGAUAUCAGUGCUCAUCUUGCGUUUGGCGAGAGCUUUGGUAUGGUUGAGAUGGGCCAUGAAAAUCAAUUCGUCCGAGUCCUAAAGAAACUGACUAUGGGUGCGGGGAUUGCGGUUGAGAUGCCCAUCCUACGUUUGCUACGCUUUGUUCCGAUACCCGCAGUACAGGAGAUGUUCAACGCCUACGAAUUCAUUUUGAAGGGUGCUGACCGCGCAGUAACUAUAGCUAGGUCGCGCACUGGCGAAGCAAAUGUCUUCGCCAAAGUCAUUGAAGACAGUGAGAAAGAGGGUGACGGUCAUAUUGACGACAUGGACGUCCGCAUUGAAGCCAUGAACGUCAUCAUUGCCGGGACAGACACUACGGGCGUCACUCUUACUUAUCUGACUUGGGCCGUCCUCCAGCGUCCCGAGCUGCAGGCGGCUUUGGAGGCCGAGGUCGGACAGUUAAAGGAAGGAUUUACUGAGAACGAUCUCAUCGCUCUGCCACUCCUGAAUGCAGUGAUAGAAGAAACUCUUCGACUCUACGGCGCCGCUCCCAGCAGUCUCCCUCGUGUCGUACCGCAAGGAGGAGCAAAACUAGCUGGCAAAUUCGUCCCUCAGGGCGUCACCGUUUCCACACAAGCAUACACCUUCCAUCGAGACCCCAAGAUCUGGAGCUCUCCUUUAACUUUCGACCCUGAACGCUGGAUCACGACACCUUCCAAGCCAGCCGAAGCCCUCACGCCAGAUGCCAAAACGGCAUUCCACCCCUUCGGCGCCGGAUCCCGCUCUUGCAUCGGUAUCCACCUGGCGAGGAUGGAGCUGAGGUACGCGGUGGCGUUCUUCUUCCGCGAGUGCGCAGGGAUUAAGCUGUGCGAGUCGGUCACGCCAGAGAGCAUGGAGUUUGAGAAUUUCUUCUUGAUUGCUCCUAGGGCUCAUCGGUGUGAGAUUACCUUGAAGUGA